CUCUCUCUCUCUCGCUUUCUGUGUCACUUUCGCGUGAGAACUGGGCAGAGGGAGGCCGGAUUCUCUCCCUGGAACCUGCCGAAGGAAGCCCAGGGAGCGCCCCUGCUCCAGGGACAGCGUCUGAGAUUUUGGGGAGGGUCCCUUGUAUUCCCCCAUCUCUCUCUCUCCUGUUUUGCCUGCACUUUUCCUUUAAGACUUGGGGGAAACCAUGACUUCCAGCUAUGCCCACAUCAUGGAGAGACAGGCCGUCCUUGCCACCCGCUUGGAGAGCCCCAGCAACCUGGACAACUUACAGGCCAAAAAGAACUUCUCCGUCAGUCACCUGUUGGAUCUGGAGGAAGCCGGAGACAUGGUGGCGGCUCAGGCAGACGAGAGCGUAGGGGAAGCCGGCAGAAGCUUGCUGGAAUCCCCGGGGCUAACCAGCGGCAGCGACACCCCGCAGCAGGACAAUGAUCAGCUGAACUCAGAAGAGAAGAAGAAAAGAAAGCAGAGAAGAAACAGGACCACCUUCAACAGCAGUCAGCUCCAGGCAUUGGAGAGAGUCUUUGAGAGGACACAUUACCCCGAUGCCUUUGUACGAGAAGACCUCGCACGCAGAGUCAACCUCACUGAAGCCAGAGUUCAGGUGUGGUUUCAGAACCGAAGAGCAAAGUUCCGCAGGAAUGAGAGAGCCAUGCUGGCCAACAAGAAUGCCUCCCUUCUCAAAUCCUAUUCAGGGGACGUGACUGCGGUGGAGCAGCCCAUAGUACCUCGCCCAGCUCCAAGACCCACUGACUAUCUCUCCUGGGGAACAGCCUCGCCUUACAGCGCCAUGGCUACCUAUUCUGCUACGUGUACCAAUGCUAGCCCUGCCCAGGGCAUGAACAUGGCCAACAGCAUUGCCAACCUGAGACUGAAAGCAAAGGAAUAUAGUUUACAGAGGAACCAAGUACCGACAGUCAAUUAAACACUGUCUCAAAGAAAGAGUAAAACAAAAUGACACCCGUCCUGCUUAGCAGUUUGCUCAUGCUGAAAAAAUAAACCCUGAACUGACUAUUGGGACAAAAGCAGGAGAAAAAUGAACUGCAAAUUAGUUAUGAUGUUCCUCUUUCAUUGUGGGAUAAUGCCACCACUUUGUGUCAGGUUUAUCGCUUCUGCUCAGUAUACUAUGAGCUUCUUCAGUUAAGGACAAUUCCAUCCUUGUUGUUUAUUUUAUACAUGACUGCAAAAGAAACUCUAUCAAUUCAACCUUUGAACUUCUCCCCUAGACUUUCCUGAGGUUCAGCACCGAGUCCCUCAUCUCCUGUGCCCCAGCUCACUCUAGAAAAGGGAAUUCCGAAGCCAAACCCCUCCGUUGUAUCCGCAUGAGAUCGAAGUAUCCUUCCAUCGCUCCAGACCAAGGCUGCAGCUGCAAAGUCGUUAUCAUUAGCCUCUGAGGAGGCUUUUUGAGCAACGCGGUGGGUUCCUCUAGUCCAGUUGCCUGAAAUGUUCAGCGUUUCAUUCACACCCAUCUUGAGUUUAGAACUUAUUCGCCUCUGUCUGAUUAUUUCUGGCCAAGCCUCUUUGAAAAGCCAAAGAAGAGAAGAUCCUUCUCAAGCUAGAGUGUGUGUCUGCGUGGGGGAGAUUGCUCGGGAGCUCAAAGAUUAGGACUUUGCCUUACGCUUCUUUCUAUACCUUAUGUUUUGUGCCACAGGUAAAGGUAUUGUCCAAACGCAUUUGUUUUAUAUAUACUGUAUAUAUUUAUAUAUAUAAGAUAUACAUGCAAGCUUGGUUGGUGUUUUUUAUUAAACAAAAUAAAAAUACAUUGAAAAUGUUCAGGAUGUGUGUGCUCCAGCCAAGUUCCUAUAGAGACAGAUACAUAUUGGAGUGCCAGAUUCCCAUUUAUGGUUGUAUGCUGCCGUCGAGCAUAGCAAUAAUAAAUAGCUUACACUUAGAACAUUUCAUCUCACAGAAGGCCACAGCACAUUACAAGCUGUCGGCCAAAUCCCCAUAUCUUUAGUCAGGCAAAACUCAGGAUCCAGUUGAUCCAAAUCUGGAGGUCAAUAUUCAGGGCUAGAUCAUCUCUUCCUAUGGGAAAACCCAUCUGACGAGGCCCUGGGGGAAGAAAUAUUGUGAAGUUCCAUUUGUGGAGUGAGUAGGGUUUGCUCCUCCAGAGAAGUGAGGACUCUGGCCCUCCAGCACUUCAG